GAAAGAAUCGGUAAUCAGCGGCCUGGUGGCACCGCCACCGUGAGAUCCCACAAAACGAGAUCCGUGGAGAUGGGAUGCAUAUAAGCGGAUCACUGGCGAGAUCGAGUCACACGUACUCACGCGCGCACAGGGACAGGGACAGGGAAGGGGUUCUCUCUCUCUCUCUCUCUGCCAUGGCGAGAGCGGCGGCACCCUUGCUCCCCUUCUUCUUCCUCCUCUUGUCGUCGACAUCGCCGGCGGCCAAUGGCCAGAAGAAUCGUCUUGGCUUGACUCCCCAGAUGGGGUGGAAUAGCUGGAACCACUUCGGCUGCAAGAUAGACGAGGCGACCAUCCAAAAAAUCGCUGAUGCCAUGGUGGAUACUGGUCUUGCGAAACUGGGGUAUGAGUAUAUCAACUUAGACGACUGUUGGGCAGCUUAUAACAGGGACUCCCAGGGCAAUCUAGUUGCAAAUGCAUCGACAUUUCCAUCAGGAAUGAGGGCCUUAGCAGAUUAUAUGCACAAGAAAGGGCUGAAGCUCGGAGUCUACGGCGAUGCAGGACUGCGAACUUGCAGCAAGCUGAUGCCCGGUUCGCUAGGAUACGAAGACCAAGAUGCGAGAACUUUUGCAGCUUGGGGGAUUGACUACUUGAAGUAUGACAACUGCAACAACCAAAACAUCAGCCCACUAACAAGAUAUAACAGGAUGAGUGAAGCCCUUAUGAAUUCUGGAAGGGACAUUUUCUUCUCCCUUUGCGAAUGGGGUGUGGACGAGCCAGCGACAUGGGCAGGAAGCAUGGCAAACAGCUGGAGGACAACAGAAGACAUCAAGAACACAUGGGAAAGCAUGACGGACAACAUUGACAAGAGCAACAAGUGGGCACCUUAUGCAGGGCCUGGUGGAUGGAAUGACCCAGACAUGCUGGAAGUAGGAAACGGGGGGAUGACAACAGAAGAGUACCGGUCUCAUUUCAGCAUAUGGGCUCUAGUCAAGGCUCCUCUGGUGCUUGGCUGUGAUAUCAGCUCAAUGACCCCUGAAACCAAGGAAAUCCUCAGCAAUCAGAAAGUCAUUGCAGUUAAUCAAGACAAACUUGGGGUACAAGGGCUCAAAGUGCAACAAGAUGAAGAUCUAGAAGUUUGGGCUGGUCGCUUAAGUGGAGAUAGAGUUGCUCUUGUGCUGUGGAACAGGGGACCUACUGAAGCAUCUAUUACUGCUAGUUGGAGCAACAUUGGUCUAAGCCCAUCAGCUGUUGUAGAUGCUCAUGAUCUGUGGACAGAUGAGGUUACAUCAUCAGUGCAAGGAAACCUGAAGAAAACAGUGGCUUCUCAUGCUUGCAAGAUGUAUGUGUUGACCCCAAAAUAGAACAGAAUUCUCAACUUUACAUAUUAUUAUAAAAUAAUUAUUUCAGAGGUCUCAAAGAUAACAAUGUAUUACCUUGGUAUGUGUGCAUAGUGUGUCCAGAUUUGAUUAUGAAUAUUAUAGAUGUAACACCAAAAAACUUAGUCAAAAGAAAAGGAAUAAGUCUCCUUUUGUA